AUGGAUAUGAUCAAAGUUGGCCCAGUGGGAGGUUAUGAUAUUGGUGGAACCAUUUGGGAUGAAAAGGGACGAGAUCAAGUUGGUGGGAUUCUUGUUUCCUAUAGCAAAGACGGAGUCGAUUCACUUCAGUUCUUGUUCUAUGAGAAUGGAAACUUAGUUCAGUCAAACAAACAUGGUAUUCAUCACCGCGAGAACUUCUGCGCAGUUUUCUUUGAUUAUCCAUUAGAGUUUCUUACUUCGAUAAGUGGUUCCUCCGAAAAAGUGAGUCAGUACAUGAGCUCCACAAUUUUGACAUCUAUAGUAUUUGGCACGAACAAGGGUUCUUAUGGACCAUUUGGGAAAUUCUCAAAUGAUGUUGACAAUGAUAUUGACUUCAACUUUCACAUAGGAAAUCAUCGUCUGUUUGGUGGUUUUCAUGGUAGCCAGAAUUGCCAUGGCAUUGAGAGUAUAGGGGUCUAUGUGAAGACUACCACAUCCUCCAUGACCCAUUGA